CGCAUGCGUAUUACGAAUCUAAGGCCCUUAUUUCCUGUGAUAAAUGCGGAAAUUUCAUGUAGUUGUUUCAUGUAAACAGCAAGUAAAACAAUUGUUUAUGUGACCGCUAGUGAUAGUAAGAUGCGAGAAAAAUAUAUACGCGGACUGUUGGUCACAAACAUUUCAUAAUAACUUACCUUAUGUAAUUGUAUUUGUGAAAUGAUAAGUAAGGUUACUUCCCUUGUAUGUUAAACAUGGCAGGCUCGGAAGAGAAAACAGCAGAUCAAGUGUGUAAAUGGUUUAACUUGUCAGUUCCGUAGGAAUGUCACAACAUACCGGUAUGUUUCCAACAGCUGAAACAGUUUCUGAAGAUACUUCAUCAAAAUGGAAAGGUUUAUUCAUCAAACCCUUAAUAACUGUGCUCCGGCAGGUGCACCCGUCUCUCAAUGCGCGGGACGAUGCACUGCAGUAUAUCGAGGAGCUGAUGAUCCAGCUAUUGGCGACACUGUGUUCAGCACAGCCUCACUCUGUACAGGAUGUGGAGGAGCGGGUACAGAGGACCUUCCCUGACCCCAUCGAUAAGUGGGCCAUUGGCGAUGCCCAGAAUGCCAUUGAGAAGAGCAAGAAGAAGAACGAGAGUCACUCUCUUGUCUUGCCUGUGGAUAAAGUUCAUCCUCUGCUUCGGGAGAUGCUGGGCUAUCGUGUGGACUACCAGGUUGCUGUGUACAUUGUUGCUGUGUUGGAGUAUAUUGCUGCUGAUAUUCUCAAGUUCACAGGCAUCUAUGUGAAGAACAUCCGCCACCAGGACAUCACCUCACAGGACAUCAAGGUGGCAAUAUGUGCCGACCAGGUCUUGAUGGACAUGUUCUCCCAAGAGGAAGUGGUUUCAUUUGUAGUCGAGGAUGAACCAGUGCGUCGAGAAUCUAUGACAUAUGAAGAGAUUGUGAAGGAUUUUAUUGUGGAAGAGACUCAGUACAUGCGAGAUCUCAACAUGAUCAUUAAAGUGUUCCGAGCUCCGUUUGCUGACCUGUUUCCACGCAGCAAGGAUCUGGAGGUGAUCUUCAGCAACGUGCUGGAUGUGUACGAGUUUACUGCCAACCUGCUCAGCUCCAUGGAAGACCAGGUGGAGAUAGCCGAGCAGAAUGAACCACCAUGUGUUGGCACAUGCUUCGAAGACAUGACCGAGGGGGAGGAGUUCAACGUGUAUGAGAAGUACGUGGACGACAUGUUGGCUCCCCAUGGGAAGGAGCGUCUCAACACACUUCUCAUGAGGGACGAUGUUAGCAACUUACUGAUUGAGUGUGCUGGGCAGGGUUUGAAAGCUGCCACCAAGUAUGUUCUUCCAAAGCUGUUACUGGGGCCAGUGUCUCACUGUCUGCAUUACUUUGAAGUCAUCAAGCUGUUGAAAGACACCAGUCAAAAUGAAGAAGAUCGAGAGUGCCUGAUACAAGCCAGUGGCCUUCUCCAAGCUCUCAAACUCUCGCUGGAUAGAAAGUUCAGCGGCGGUAACAUUCCCAAGCGUAAACCCUGGGAAAUAUCAACACGUCUUCAAGGUCAAACAGGCCGCACUGCCAUCUUACAGAAAAUGACAGAUAUCCAGAGAAGCAUUGAUGGCUGGGAGGGCAAGGAUAUUUGGCAGAGCUGUAGUGAAUUCAUCAUGGAUGGGAUCUUGACCAAGUACACCAGUCGGCGCCCGUCAGAGCGAUAUGUCUUCCUGUUUGAUGGUCUGAUCAUCCUAUGCAAGAAAAACCUGAAUGCAAGGAGAUCAUCGGGAACCGUGUCUAUUCCAGAGUACAAACUAAAGGAAAAGUACUUCGUUCGUAAAGUAGAGAUUUUGGACAAGGAAGACACUGAAGAACUGAAGAAUGCCUUUGAGAUUGUGCCCCGAGACCAUGCUGGUAGCAUCACCCUUUAUGCCAAGUCUGCCGAGGAGAAGGCCAACUGGAUGGCGGCUCUCUUCUCCCUGCAGACACGGAGUAACCUCGAGCGCAUCCUGGACGGCAUUCUGCGAGAUGAGGAGAAGCAGCAUCCACUCCGUCUACCCUCUCCAGAUUUAUACAGGUUUGCAAUGAAGGAUUCUGAAGAGAACAUUGUGUUUGAGGAGAACCAAGACCCGUCUAUUGAGAGCCCACUCAUCAAGGGCGGGCUGCUCAUCAAGCUGGUGGAACGCCUCACCUAUCACAUGUACGCAGACCCCAAGUUUGUGCGAACAUUCCUCACCACCUACCGGUCAAUCUGUAGUCCACAUGAUCUGCUUGACCUUCUUAUAGAACGAUUUGAUAUCCCUGAGUUCCCCAGUGAUGACAAAAAAUCAGAUGAAGUCGACAACAGCCUCCGUACCAGAGAGGAUCUCAAGCGCUUCCGCAAAGAAUAUGUGAAACCUGUGCAAUUCCGAGUGGUGAAUGUGCUGCGACACUGGGUGGACCACCACUACUAUGACUUCGAGCGGGAUAGAAGCUUGCUGGAUAAGCUGACAAAGUUCCUGCAGACUGUCAAGGGCAAGGCCAUGAAGAAGAUGGCCGACUCCAUCAUGAAGGUCAUACAGAGGAGGUGUGAAAGUACAAAUCCUGGGAGAGAAUUUACAUAUCAAAAACAGCCCCCUUCCAUAGAAUGGCAUAUUGCGAAAAGAACAGACGAUUAUGACCUUAUGACUCUUCACCCCAUAGAGAUCGCCAGGCAGGUGACGCUGCUGGAGUUUGACUUGUACCGAGCUGUGAAACCAUCUGAACUGGUUGGCAGUCCCUGGAUCAAGAAGGACAAGAUGAAGACAUCACCCAACCUACUGAAGAUGAUUCACUUCUCAACCAUGUUCACAUUCUGGCUGGAGAAAUGUAUUAUAGAAGCCGAGAACCUGGAGGAGCGUGUAGCCAUCGUGUCGCGGAUCCUAGAGAUCAUGCAUGUCUUCCAGGAGCUCAACAACUUCAAUGGCGUCCUCGAGGUCGUCAGUGCUCUCAACUCAGCACCUGUUUAUCGACUAGAAAACACCUUUAAGGAGAUUCCUAACAAGUACCUCCGGGCAUAUGAUGAAGCCAAUGAACUCAACUCUGAUCAUUUGCAGAAGUACAAAGUUAAACUCCGCUCAAUAAACCCACCUUGUGUGCCAUUCUUGGGUAUGUACCUGACAAAUAUCCUGAAGACAGAAGAAGGGAACCCAGACUUCCUGCAAAACCGGCAUCCAGGGCUGAUUAACUUCAGCAAGAGAAGAAAGGUGGCGGAAAUAACAGGGGAGAUUCAGCAGUACCAGAACCAACCUUAUUGUCUCUCUGCAGAGACCUCGAUCAGGGAAUUCUUUGAGAGUUUGAAUCCACUGGAAGGCAUGUCUGAGAAAGACUUCAACGACAUGUUGUAUGCCAAGUCAUUGGAGAUAGAACCGAGAGGAGCCAAACAGGUUCCCAAGUUUCCCAAGAAGUUUCUGGAGUACUCUUUAAAGUCCCCUGGUGUUAAGCCCAUGGCCAACCGACACAGCACAUCAACCCGGAGUGUCUUCCCCAUCGGCUUCCCUGCUCCUGUGAAGAGCCCGGAGGAUACAGAGUCUAAUGAGGCUGCUGCCACGCCCCCUCUCACCCCCUGCAGUCCCCUCACCCCCCCACACACUGCCACUGGGAGCAGCUUCAACAAUGUGUUUGAUCACGGAAUUGCCAAUGCUGGGUUUUUAAGCACCAGCAGUACAAGUCUAGCAAGCUCUGUGUCCACCCCGGCUGCCAUCCCAGAAGACGGCAACUACCCACUGCAACCACCUCCCCUCCCGCCCAGACGCAAACCCCGCAACUCGGUCACUGACCCAUGUGACCCUCCUCCCCCGCCCCCACGGCAGGACAGUGAUAAACCCCCACCUGUGCCCCCCAGACGGGACUCCAUGCGAGACUGUAACGUGAACAAUACACUGCCCCGAUCACUUAGCGUCUCCCAUCCUCGCUCUGCUCACAGUGGACAUAUCGCCACUCUGCCUAGGCAUAACUCCGACAGGGGCUAUAACUUUUUGGACCUUAACGGUGAAGAUAGGGACACGCCUGUAUUGCCGCCUAAGACUUACAAAUUUGUACAUUCACGCAAACAAAGUAGCUAGGACUGACUAGAUUGUGAUACAAUGACUCGAUUGAAAUCAAACAGUGCGGCACUCAACAAUCACCUUGCCCACUAUACCUCCCUCUUUCACCAUAAUAGUAUCUUCCAGUAUGACAAUAUGGAAGAGUCCAUUCAGCAAUAUAGGGGAGUGGUGGGGAUUUGUUGUUGAUGUGUGCUGUCUAAACAUAUUGUAAAGACGACUUCUGUGAGGGACAUCAUUAUUUUGCUGUGCCCUUCAAAGUGUGAUUCAUUAUCUGCAGUGAUUGAAGAGGAUCUUCAUGGAAGGAAAACUGUGAACAAAUAACCCAAGCAGGCUUGGAAAAUACUGAUGAAAAUGGUGAUGCUUGAAAUGUGAUGCCAAUAGCAAGAAUGGUGAUAUAGUGACACCUGAAUGUGAAUAUAACUACAGAUAUCAUGAUUAGCUUGUGUGACAAGACUUAACCCAAUGUCUUGGACAAGCUAUUGUUGUUAUUGAAUAACCUACAGUCAAGA